AUGUCGGCAUGGUGGGCGUACACCACUGCGAGGGCAGGGGAAGAAAGGGAUAAGCAACGUGAAAGGGAUAAGCAAAGUGCCAGUGCACAGAUGGACCUCUGGACGGAGGAGAUAGCCUGGCAGCACUCCGUACUUAUGUUACUGUAUGUGAGAAUGCCAAAGACAAUCCUUACUGGACUGAAAAUUAGUGUGCUCUUAGUGUUUUUAGCUGCAGCACUGGCCUGGUGA